UUCUGCUGACAUCUUUUACCACAACCAAGUGCAAGCCUUAAAUGAAGCAACACUCACUCAGUCUUCAUCUACCAACAAUUGAUGCAGGGAAAGCCAAUUUUGAAGUAGAUGGGCAUCCCUCACUUUCUGCUGAUUCCUUAUCCAAGUGUAGGACAUGUGAAUCCCCUUAUGCAGUUGUCUGAGAUUCUUGCCACACAUGGCUGCAAGAUCACUUUCCUAAAUACAGAAUUCAACCACAAUCGAAUAAAUACAGCAGAUGCUGGGCUGGAGAAUUCAAAGGGACCCCAGAUUAAGUUUGUGACGCUCCCAGAUGGUUUGGGCCCUGAAGAUGACAGAAAGGACCCCAAGAAAGUUAUUUUCUCAAUCAAAACUCACAUGCCUCAUAUGCUUCCCAAACUCAUACAAGAUAUCAAUGCAUUGAAUGUUAACAAUAACAUCACUUGCAUUGUUGUCACAAUGAAUAUGGGUUGGGCCCUGGAAGUUGGCCAUAAAUUGGGAAUUAAAGGAGCUGUUUUGUGGCCUGCAUCUGCCACUUCCUUGGCCACAUGUGAUUGCAUCCCAAAGCUGAUUCAAGAUGGAAUCCUAGAUUCAGAUGGAAAGCCAAUCGAAAAGAAAGAAAUUCAACUCUACCCAAAUAUGCCAAUGAUGGACACAGAAAACUUUCCAUGGUGUGGCCUAGAUAAGACUGUCAUUCAUCAUAUUGCACAAGAGAUGCAGACAAUUAAGUUAGGAGAAUGGUGGCUUUGCAACACAGCACACAAUCUUGAGCCUGCUGCAUUUUCCAUAUCACCACGGUUCCUACCUAUAGGUCCAUUGAUGGCAACUGACAGCAACAAAAGUGCACUCUGGCAAGAAGACACAACUUGCUUAGACUGGCUAGAUCAUCAGCCACCUCAAUCUGUUAUAUAUGUAGCCUUUGGUAGUUCGGGAGUAAUUGAUCACAACCAAUUAAAGGAAUUGGCUCUUGGACUUGAUUUACUUAACAAGCCUUUUCUUUGGGUUGUGAAUUCUAGUGACAAUAAAAGGGUAAACAAUUCAUACUCUGAUGAAUUCCACGGAAGUAAAGGCAGAAUUGUGAAGUGGGCACCACAGAAGAAGAUUUUGAACCACCCUGCCAUAGCUUGCUUCGUUAGUCACUGUGGUUGGAAUUCUAGCAUGGAAGGUAUAUGUAGUGGCGUCCCUUUCUUGUGUUGGCCAUUAGUAAAGGAUCAGUUUGUGAACAAGUCAUAUAUUUGUGAUGUGUGGAAGGUUGGACUGAGAUUAGACAAGGAUGAAAAUGGAUUAGUAUCAAAGGAAGAGAUAACGAAGAAGGUGGAGCAACUGUUUGGUGAUGAAGGCAUAAAAGCAAGGUCGUUGAAACUGAAGGAAUUGACCCUGAAUAACGUAGUAGAAGAUGGUCACUCUUCAGAGAAUCUGAAAAGCUUCAUCAGCUGGGCAGAGUAAUAUUGCUUUUUAGCUUGGAAAUGGUUGAUAUAUAUAUAGUUAAUAAUAAUAAUGUUCAUUCUGUUAGAAUAAAAAACUACGCUGUCUUUAAGCAUCUUUAACAUAUUGAAUUUAAUUCCCAUUUCCAUAAUAAUAAAAGGAUUGGUGUU